AUGGCUGAGGUCACUACAAAGAAGGAAAACCCGAACCUUCUGCUGGGUAGGUUCGAGCUGGGAAAACUCCUGGGGCACGGAACCUUCGCGAAGGUCCACCAUGCGCGGAACAUCAAAACCGGGGAUGGAGUGGCCAUCAAAAUCAUAAACAAGGAAAAGAUCCUCAAGGGCGGUUUGGUGUCUCACAUCAAGCGCGAGAUCUCCAUCCUCCGCCGCGUCCGCCAUCCCAACAUCGUCCAACUCUUCGAAGUCAUGGCCACCAAAACCAAGAUCUACUUCGUCAUGGAGUACAUCCGUGGUGGCGAGCUCUUCAACAAGGUCGCCAAGGGAAGGUUGAAGGAAGAAGUUGCCAGAAAGUACUUCCAGCAACUGGUUUCAGCGGUGGAGUUUUGCCACGCGCGUGGGGUGUUUCACAGGGACAUUAAGCCCGAGAACUUGUUACUGGACGAGGAUGGGAACCUUAAAGUCUCAGACUUUGGACUCAGUGCCGUGUCGGAUCAGAUUAGGCAGGACGGGCUGUUUCACACGUUUUGUGGGACACCUGCGUAUGUUGCUCCCGAGGUUUUGGCGCGGAAAGGGUAUGAUGGUGCCAAGGUUGAUAUUUGGUCCUGUGGGGUUGUUUUGUUUGUUUUGAUGGCAGGGUAUUUGCCUUUCCAUGACCGUAAUGUUAUGGCCAUGUAUAAGAAGAUUUACAAGGGUGAAUUUCGGUGUCCCAGAUGGUUCUCUCCUGAACUUACUAGACUUCUCUCUAGGCUUCUUGAUACCAACCCUCAGAGCAGGAUUUCUAUUCCUGAAAUCAUGGAGAAUCGGUGGUUCAAGAAGGGUUUCAAGCAGAUCAAGUUCUAUGUGGAGGAUGAUAGAGUUUGUAGCUUUGAUGAUAAGUUGCAGUUACAGCCCCAUGAUGGUGGUGGGGAUGAUGAUUUGGGGACAUCGGAUUCUGAGGUUGAAAUUCGGAGGAAGAAUAGUCAUACUAAUAGUAAUGCUUCGUUGCCCAGGCCUGCGAGUUUGAAUGCAUUUGACAUCAUAUCGUUUUCUCAGGGCUUUGAUCUCUCCGGGUUGUUCGAGGAAAAGGGGGAUGAGGCCAGGUUUGUGUCUUCUGCUCCUGUGUCUAAGAUUAUAUCCAAAUUGGAGGAGGUUGCUCAGCUGGUUAGCUUCACGGUGAGGAAGAAAGAUUGCAGGGUGAGCUUGGAGGGUUGUAGAGAAGGUGUGAAAGGGCCUUUGACCAUUGCUGCUGAGAUUUUUGAGUUGACACCUUCCUUGGUGGUGGUGGAGGUGAAGAAAAAGGGAGGGGAUAAGGCAGAGUAUGACAAGUUUUGUAACUCUGAGUUGAGGCCCGCGUUGGAGAAUUUGGUUACGGAGGAAUCUGCUUCUUCAUCUUGUCAAUCUACACACAUUGAAUCUGAACUGUAUCAACGAACACUCUCUGACUCUGCCCUUAACAUACAUUCGGAAAGUGAAAGUUUGUACCAACAAGACUUGGCUGAAGUAGAAAAAACUAGUAUCCGAAAACAUGGUGAAUCAAUAUUCGAAAUCUCAUAG